AUGGUAACUCCCCUCGUUAAGCGGGAUGGGGUACUGGUUCCCAUUAAUUCAAUUUGUUGGCUUGCUAAAAAUGUCUUCAACGUUAGAGUUCCGCUGUACCGCCGAGUCAUCAGCUGUGAGUUGUCGGCUGUGGAUGUGCCACGUGGCACGGCGCCAGUGCUCGAGUGCGCUAUUGAUAAGGCGGUUUCGAUGAUACGUGAUGCCUCGCAUAAAUAUCUGCGUCAAGACUACUACGCAGAGUUCCCACUUCUCGGUUAUGGGGACAUCAUUUUCUCCACCAAUGGGCAGGCAACGGAAUGGGCAUCGCUGCAAGAGACGUUGUUGUUUCUCGGGGUUGGUCGUAUUAUACGGCCCAUUUGCUUUCGGCUUGAGGAUCUUAUCGAUGCUGAGAAGCGAGGGGCGCUGGGAGAACCCGUGAAGGUCGGUGCGGCUUCCGCGAUUCCCUGCGCAUGGGCGGGAGAUAUGUCUCGGCAUGAGAGCAGCGGGUUGUUCCGUAAGGUGGUUGCUGGGAGGGUUGUCGAUGUGUUGCGCGGAGAUGUGUAUGUAGUGCACUGGGCCGAUAAAUCGGCUGAUGACAACGGGGGUGCAACCAGCCACGAGAGCAUCAAUGCGGACACAAGUAAUGGGGCAGCCAAUGGCGAAGCCGAAUGUGGUGCCUCACCGCUACCGGAGCUUGUCAUUCUUGAUGCUGUGCAGUGUUACUCCACCUCAACGGAUGGGGGUUAUGCGGCGCUGCGGUGGGCUCAAAAGAACCUCCUCUUUUCCCAGGUUGAGGUUUGUGUUCACUCUCUCUCUCCCUCAGAAAUGGAGGUCGCUAAUAGCACCCAGCUCUUUUCACACGACCAACUGCGGUGCGUGCGGUCAACUGUUCGUGUUACGUCGUUUGCCCGGGAAGGAGAUGCCACUGAAGACGUUGGGUGCUCGUUGGUGCGUCAGGGUCACGGACUUGUGCGCCAGGUCGUGGAGGCGGCUGUGCCGCGGUCAAGUAACUUCCAUGAUAUUUUACGUGCUGCCAGUGAGCGUUGUCGUACCAUUUUCUCUCGACCAGUCGCCCCAAGUGGGGGCGCCAGGGAUUGGCUACUUGGUGGCUCACCAGGUCCUGGCGGCAUUGAACGUGCCCUCGAAAGUUUCUUGGGUCAGGCGUGGUUUGAGGGCCCGACCUUGGCUGCGCUGUGGAAAGCCACAAUGUUCGCUGGUAACAUAUUCCAGAGUUGCGAAAGUCGUCCGUUGCGCACUCACGUGGAGCGUCCCAUGCGUACGAUCUGGAGUAUUACGGCACCGGUGCGGCAGAAUGUAACUUUCGAGGGAACUCUCAAGAGUUUGUCACUAGUCCAAGAAUGUAUAGGAGUCUCUUCUGGGUCCAAGGCUAGCACGCAUGCUGGUGGGUUGGAAUCAGUUGGGAUGAGUGGACAGGACCGUUCUCUCUUCCUUCGUGUUGAGGUUGACGCCAUAUUUACUGAUGAAACUAUUCUGCAAGUGGUUGGCAGGGAAGAGGAAAGGACUCUCGGCACCAUCGUGGUCGCUCCUCCGGAGGAGGUUGUUCAGGGCCGCAAAGCCCAAAUUAGGAUUAAAUACGACAACUCACCAAGUGUUGCUCUGUCCGGUGAGGCGCCGGCUCUUAGUGUCGUCCAAAGGAAGUAUUGGCCGGGUAAAUACACUCCUGAAAAGCCAACCGCUGCCGACACCUCCAAAAUGACGCGGUUAGUAGAUCGUGUUUUUCAAACGGAGGUGACAGUGGAUUUGCGGUUGGAGGACCGCGAGAAUGAGAUGGUUUUCGCCCUCGACAUAUUUGUAGAGUUUCAAGGCCAGGAGAAAAAGUUGGAGCGGCGGGCGGUUUACCUCUUGUCGGACACGCAGGAGAUGGUUGAUAACGAGGAGGUGUCGUCGUCAUCUGAUGAUGACGAUGAAGGGGACGAUUCGAUACCUGGUGGCAAAAAUGUGACAGGUACCGAGGGGGUAGUGGUAAGCGAGGGACAGAGUGUGGUCGAAGAGCAUGCAGUUGAUCUGGAAGCCGAUUCAGAUCGGCCCGAGAAGGAUGCACUGUCAUCCGAGAAGAUUUAUCAUUCCAAAAUCGACUUCUACUUCAAAGUGGACAACUCCAAGCGGCAAACGGGGGAUUUUACAGAAGAACUGCGGAAGUGGAGUGAGGGACUUGCUUAUCGUGAUGUGUUUUGUAUUCCAGUGGGAGUUGCUACUGUCAACGGAGACCAGGGGUAUGUGGGUGAUAUAUUGGUACUUAUGGGUAAUGAGAUGCAGGGUGUCGAUGAUCGCCGCGGAACGCGAAAGAGUGUUUUAUUUGAACUGGGAGCGAAGUGGUGGGUGCCGGCGGAGCUCUCGUCUGAGGCUCCGGGACACACAUGGUCAAUGAUAUCGUCGCUGGUGCUGAAAUUCUUCGCCAAAGCGCUCGCUGAAAUUACGGCACGGGAACAGCAACAAAGGAGCAUCCUGGUUGCAGAGUGGUGGAGGCGGUUGACUAAUGUUUACAACGAAAUGGUUGCUAAGAAAGCGACCGCCCAGGAAAUGAUGGAUAGUCGUCUCCCCGUCGGUGCGGGUAUAUGUGGGUUGCGCUCUGCGCCAAGGGCCGGUGGAACUGCGAGCAGUGGGCCAGAUGGUAACCAUCAGGAGGACAUCGACGAGGUCUUUCGUGUGUCCGCGGGUAAGCGCGAUUUCUGGUACCUUGCAGAAUGGGAGGGUGGUGGGAGCACCGGUGACACACGGGUCGGAAGUAGCGAGCCUCGCAUCUCGCCUUUCCCUCAACUUUUGGAUACUUUUCUGCCACCACGACUCCCCCUUUUUGUAGUUUCCAUCUUUCCUCGGCAGCUUUUUGCUGCCUUUCACAAGCACCACCGAAGUUUGGUGAAUUCUAAAAACUCGCUAACUGCAAAGCAGGCCAGCAAUCUUCACGUCGACUCGGCGUUUGUGCGGUUGCCUCGACCCUUCCUUCCUAACUUCUUUGCUUCAAACCUUGAGCGGCUGCCCGUGUCGCUGCGCAACACCGCCGGGGCCUUUGUUGAAUCGUUGAUGGAUGGAAAGGUCCCAAGGCAAAGAGGCACAGCUGAAUGGAGUUAUUGCGCCCAUGAAGGUGUGUUGUCGUCGGUCUUAUCGUUGCUCUUCAUGCUCAGACCCUGCGAACCCACAAACGGUGGCGCCGUCAAUUUUGACGUGUACAACUUGAUGGGGAAUGAUCACAAAAAUCUCAACAGCGUUAACGUACCCAAUAUCGACUGCUCGGCGGUUCUAUACAGAGUGUACCCCAGGAACUGCGGCCAGGCUCUCGACGGUCAGGAGCCGAAGGACCCUGUACUGUUUCUCGGCUCGUUCUGUUCUUCUACUAGCGAGGUCUUCGGAAGCCAAGAGAGCAUUUUGCCUACUGACGCAUCUGCUAUUAAAUUUGUCGCGCGCGCACUGGGGGUUGAGUCACUCGUCUCUUCCAGUCGAGGUUCACUUUCAUUUAAUGGUUGCCUUGUUAGUGGUGACAGCAGCACCGACGAUGGCGGUGUCUUUUCCAUCUUGGAGGGCGGCGGCAAGGCGUGCUAUCCGAUGGCGUCUCUUGGCGUCGGUAAUCAACCUCUUACGAGCGGCGUGCCCCGUCUGUACCUACCGCUUCCCUGGCUUGCAGUGCUCGGGCCUCCUCUCGUUACCCGUGACGAGUUUGACGCCAGUCUUCAGGAUCAUAAACCCCGUGAAGAAACAAAGAGGCUCUACAUCGCUGUCUCAUAUGUGCCAAUGUGCUUCUCUCCUAACAAGCCAUAUAAUCCAAUUUCGUAUGGUCGGUGCAAACGAAGCAGAAUUUACCAACGGGUGUGUGAGCGGUCCAGAAGGGGGUUGGGAGUAAAGGACUACUUUUCGCUGCUUCUGCGUCGACGUUCGCCUGUGUCCUCAGAGAAGGGUGCGUCCGGCAGGUUUGCGGAUGGUACGUUACGUGUGUAUGGAACAGUCAAUGAACCGCAGUUCCUUUAUUAUCAGAGCCGGAAGCAGCUUCGCUUUCACCUCGGCGUGCAGUGGCCCUCCAUUCUGGAAAACUUUACCAACGAAAAGGACGCAACCCAGGCAGAAUCGGAAGCUGAAGAAAAACUAUUGCAGGAGGUGGCUGAGGCUGCCAAGCAUGUCAUCGAUAAAGUGGCUGAGAGAACAUCCAUCUUGCAACGCUUUGGCGGGGGUGCUAACAGCCGUUGUACGCCACCAACACGUGUCUACCUUCGCUUUCGUCUCAAUUUUCAAAGCAAUGAACGUUCAGCACGAAAGCUACGUGUGAUGGUUUACCCUGUGAGUGAGGGUAACGGAAGGAGCAUGUGCGGCGCGGAAAUGGGACGGGGUCCGGAGCCACCAGAGGGCGCGGCUGCGUCUCAAGAGGAGCUAAAUCCCUAUCGCAUGUUCCACAUGGGCGAUAAUGUGUUAAGUCGCAGCCCCUAUUGUGUCCUUGUGGUCUCAUACUGUAAGGAAAGCGCGAAAUACCAGUAUGAAUGGGAUGCUGAAUACGAGAGUACUUCACAAGGGAACAUGACUGCCUCUUAUGGAGUGAUUGAAUAA